AUGACACAAAUGAAUUUUGGUGAAAAAUGGAGGAGAUGGAUAAUGGGAUGUCUAGAAUCAUCGAAAUCUUCCAUAUUGGUUAAUGGCUCCCCAACAAAGGAGUUUGUGAUGUCAAAAGGAGUAAGGCAAUGUGAUCCAAUGGCCGAAUUCCUUUUCACAUUAGUUAUGGAAGGACUACAUGUUAUGAUUAGUUCAGCAGUGGAACGGGGAUUAUUUGAUAGGGUGAAAAUUCCAAACUCCAAUAUUAAUAUCUCUCAUAUGUUCUACGCAGAUGAUGCGUUGUUUUUAAGAGAUUGGUCACAAAGGAAUAUUGCAAACUUAGCAAGAAUUCUAAGGUUUAUUCUGGUGGAUGGACUGAGUGAAAUUUGGGAGCUUCUCCUUUUCAAAGUACAAGAUAUUUGUGCUCGAGAUUCCUAUAUUGACAAUUCGAUCCAAGAAAACUAG